AUGUCCAAUCGUAUUUACUCUGCGUUGUACUCCAAAAUAGCAAAUUCACAAAAUUCUUCAGAGGAUUCUGCUUUGUUACCUGGACCAUUACUCAGUUUUUUGAAGUCGAAUAAUACAGAUGGAUCACAGAACUCUACUAAGGAAUCUAUAACUCCCACUGAAAUCGAGGCACAAGGUCGUCUUACGUCUUGGUUUUAUCAAGCUGAUGCUGAUCCUUUAAUGCUUAAAGGCAUGUCUCGACAGCAGCGUCUUAUGGGGUUUUUCUUAUGUCUUCUUUCAGCAUCGUUAUGUCUUUGUUUGGCGAUGCUUUUCUUGCCAGUUAUUGCAACACCUUUUGGUAUGCGUAAAUACGUACUGUUGCAUACACUUGGUAGUAUUUUAUUAAUUGGGAGUUUUUCAUUUCUUUGGGGCCCAUGGAAUCACAUUAGAAGCUUAUUUAGCACUGAGCGCCUGUUUUUUACUUUAAGUUAUUUAGUCAGCUUACUUGGUGGCUUAUAUGCUGUGGUUGUGUGGCAGAGUGCCGUAUUUUCAGCUUUGGCCUUGAUCUCCCAAAUUUGUUUAGUUGUAUGGCAAAUUAUUACCACUAUACCUGGAGGUAAAAUUGGCUUGAGCGCUUUCUUACGUGGUAGUUUGUGGACAGUAAAAGGGAUUUCUAAAGGUCUACCUGUUUAG